GUCAUCGUCGACAUCGUUUUCUGGUCCUCUGGAAUUAGUUGUGCCGACGAAAAUAUUCAGAUAAUUUCUAUUUUUAAGGCUGCAUCUUAAACAGAAACCGCCAUGUCUCGUCAAAAUACUCGUUUGGAUACAAAGAAAGUUUUUGAGCUGUCAACAAUAACAUUCUGAGCAGUUAAUCGCAACAAAAAACAUUAGUGAAUUUGCUCCGGUCGUCUUAUUUUUCAAAAUCGCACUUUUCCGACUAUCUUUUUGCUGUAUUUCUAGUGCUGUCUUUGAAAUAAGGCUAAUUGUAUUACAAUUGUUUAGUGAUUGACACUAAGUGGCAUAACAGUUAAAAAUGCAACCAGAAGGGGCGGAACACAAGGAAAACAUUAUAAUCAAAAUGGAAAAUAGCGGUGAUCAGACAGUCGGUGGUGCUCCUAUCCAAAUUCUGCAUGUUAAUCAGGCAAUGCAAGAUACAACGAAUCAACAGCUGUUGCUUCAAAGUUUACAACAGCAUAUCAAUGCUAAUGCUAGUGGUCAACCGGUGCAAGUGCUACCGAUCGCUACUCUCUCUGGGCAACCUGGGUUGGUCAUGCCAGCACCUGCUUUGCAGCAAACAGCACAACCUCAGGUUUUGCAAUUCACUCUCGAUGGUGGCCAAACUUUCCUCUAUCAGCCGGUGCAACUAUCCGCUGCAACUGAAACCAUGCAAAACGUUAACAUCAACGGAAGCAUUGUUCAAAUUCCCAAUCAAGCAAUAACAACAGCAACGAAUGCUAAUGGAGGAGGCCCGGUAGUAAUGCUUACAGCAUCAGGUGGUCCUGAUCAAAAUGCAACACUUACUUCUGUCCAGAAUCAGACUGCAUUCGCAACGGCCAUGCAGGGAACAACAUUACCAGCUGGGUCAUUAACUACGACAGCUAGUAACGCAUCAGCAACCGCUGCGGAACCUAGUGGUACAUCUGCAACGGCAGUCAGUAGUACUAUUGAAGCCAUACAAACCAUGGCCAGCGUGGAAUCCGAGGAAGAACCCCUGUACGUAAACGCUAAACAGUACAAGCGCAUUCUCAAGAGACGACAAGCGAGAGCCAAGCUGGAAGCACAGGGCAAAAUUCCGAAGGAGCGACCCAAAUAUCUGCACGAAUCUAGACAUCGGCACGCUAUGAAUCGUGUCCGUGGCGAAGGGGGACGUUUUCAUUCCAGUGGGAUGAAACAGGAGUUAGAUUAAGUUUCUUUUCUCUUAACAAUUUUGUGCCGUUUGUAUGAUUUUCGUUAAGUAACAAUAAAAUGUGGAAUAAACGUGUUCUGAAACACCA